UAGGGUAAUGGUCGGAGGAAGAAAAUUUAUCUCUGGAUAUAGAGUAAAGUUAAUUUGGAGAGGAAGGAACGAAGAGUGUUAUAUAGUUGGAGUUCAAAAUCAAAUGCUGAGAACUAUAGACGUUAAUGUACUUUUAAAUUAACAAUUCAUUGGAUUUCCUAUGGAUGUUUUUAGUACAUUAUCGGUAUACGAGCAUGGAGGUUUUUUACGUACAAACUUAUUACGUUAAUAAACAAGGAUGCCCAUCACUAAUUUGACCUUUUUGUUUGUAACCACUAAUUUUUCAAAAAAAUGUCCACCAAACCUAGUAUUGAAAAUUUAAGAUACACAUCACGAUAGCCACACAACAUUUUGUAAUGGGAUCUCUUAAUGUGCACGAGUUGUGUUUCUGGUCUUGUUUAAUCUCUUUACCAUUCCAGGUGGUUAUUUCGAUUAUUGCAUUUUGACAGAAAAGAAGUGACAAAAUGUCUGGAUUUCAAGGUGUAAUUGUUUCCGAUCCAUGGCUACAGAGCCAAUUUACACAAGUGGAGCUGCGUGGCCUUAAAUCCACAUUUGCUUCUGUAAGGGAACAAGCCGGGAAGCUAACUGCUGGCGAUUUGCCAUCAUAUAUGUCCAAAUUGAAGACCUUCAGCGGGAUGUUUAGCGAAGAACAAAUUAAGGCCAUACUUGCUGAAACAUUUUCUAACUCGAAUGAAGAAAUCGAUUUUGAAUCAUUCCUUCGGGCAUUUCUCAAUCUGCAAGCAAGGGUCACUAAGAAACCGAGUAAUAACUCAAAAUUUAAAACCACAACAUCUUUUUUAAAGUCUUCUACAACAACUCUCCGUCACUCCAUUAGUGAAUCAGAAAAGGCAUCUUAUGUUGCACACGUUAACAAAUUUCUACAGGAAGAUAGUUUCUUAAAAGACUAUCUUCCUUUGGAUCCAUCUACAAACGCAAUAUUUGAUCUCGCAAAGGAUGGUGUUCUCUUAUGUAAACUCAUUAAUAUAGCUGUGCCUGGGACAAUAGAUGAACGAGCUAUUAAUACCAAGAAAGUUCUUAAUCCUUGGGAAAGAAAUGAAAACCAUACCCUUUGCCUAAAUUCAGCAAAGGCUAUUGGUUGCACAGUGGUUAACAUUGGCACACAAGACUUAGCAGAAGGAAGACCACAUCUCAUACUUGGGUUGAUUUCUCAAAUUAUCAAGAUUCAACUAUUAGCUGAUCUGAACCUAAAGAAAACUCCUCAACUUGUGGAACUUGUGGAGGAUAGUAAGGAUGUGGAGGAGCUAAUGUCCUUGCCUCCAGAAAAAGUUCUAUUGAAAUGGAUGAAUUUUCAUCUACAAAAAGCAGGCUAUAAGAAGCAGGUUACAAAUUUUUCUUCUGAUCUGAAGGAUGGAGAGGCUUAUGCUCGCUUGCUAAAUACCCUUGCCCCGGAGUUCGGCACAGCAACUCUUGAAACAAAGGAUCCUACAGCUAGAGCAAAUAUGAUCAUCAAGCAAGCAGAACAAUUGGAUUGCAUAAAAUAUGUCACUGCAAAGGACAUCGUUGAAGGGUCAACAAAUCUAAAUCUUGCAUUUGUUGCACAAAUAUUCCAACACAGGAAUGGAUUAACCGAUGUUGACAACACAAAGUUGCCUUUUGCUGAAAUGAUGACAGAUGAUACUGAAACCUCUAGAGAAGAGAGAUGCUUUCGGAUGUGGAUUAACAGCCUUGGAGUCGAAACAUAUGUUAAUAAUUUAUUUGAGGAUGUUCGAACCGGGUGGGUUCUCUUGGAAGUACUUGACAAAGUUGCCCCUAAGUCAGUCAAUUGGAAGCAAGCAACAAAACCUCCAAUUAAACUGCCAUUUCCAAAGGUCGAGAAUUGCAAUCAAGUUAUAAGGAUUGGAAAGGAAUUGAAGUUAUCACUGGUUAAUGUAGCUGGGAAUGAUAUUGUCCAAGGAAACAAGAAGCUCAUAAUAGCUUAUCUAUGGCAGUUAAUGAGGUUUAAUAUGCUUCAACUAUUGAAAAACUUGAGGUCUCAUUCCCAAGGAAAAGAAAUAACAGAUGCUGAUAUCUUGAAUUGGGCAAACAAUAAAGUGAAGAAUGUAGGAAGAACGUCUCAAAUGGAGAGCUUCAAGGAUAAGAGUCUAUCCAAUGGAAUUUUUUUCCUUGAACUUCUAAGUGCUGUGGAGCCUCGGGUCGUGAACUGGAGCCUCGUGACCAAGGGUGAAACAGAGGAGGACCAGAAGGCGAAUGCGAAUUAUAUAAUCAGUGUUGCUCGGAAGCUAGGAUGCUCAAUUUUUUUAUUGCCCGAGGACAUCAUGGAAGUGAACCAGAAGAUGAUCCUCACCCUAACAGCAAGCAUCAUGCAUUGGAGCUUGCAAAGAAAAGUAGAUAAUUGUGAGAUUGCUGCAUCAUCAUCCUCAGCAGAUAAGACCGUUGGUGAUGCUGAUGUGGCAGGCGAUGAACAAUACCCGGCGGAAGGCAGCCAAGACAAGGAGCUUGAGGUUGUCCCUGAAGAUGAAGAGUAGAACGAUAGACACGUUUCCCAAUUGGAAGUUUAACAAGGACAUAUGCUGCCCUGCAUCUUCAAUAAUAUUCUGUGAAGUUGUACAAAAGUACUUGCUGUUAUGAAUCCAUUUUUACUAUUAGCAACAAUAUUUUUAAAAGGUAAAGAAUAUACACACACAAAAACAAACUGUCAAUUUUUUUUGUUGGUUCAUAUAGAGUUUGUACAUAGGUUAAGAUGGAAAAAAUUUGAAUAGUAAAUCCUGU